CAGCUGCCUGUGCAGCCAGCCUCUGCUUUCUUCAGUGACUCGCUCUGCCCCUAAAGACUGCACAUUCUCCAAGAAGGCCCCACAGGAAGGAAGAAGGCAGUGGCUGUUGGGCCUCUGCCAUUGGGAGCUCAGACAAGGUCAUCUGAACCAGAAGCUCAUCAUUCAAGCUCUGUCAGCUGACCAGUAACACGAGUCACUGACUUUCAAAGAUGUGUCUGUGGACUUCACUUGGGAGGAGGCAAUGCAGCUAGAUUCUGCACAGAGGGACCUGUAUGGCAGAGUGAUGCUGGAGAACUGUAGCACCCUGGUCUCCCUGGAGGAGCACCCCCACCUUCAGCCUUCUGCCAUAUGGAAUUCACAGGAGGGCAUCAACGGUCCAAACCAAAUGUGAUCUCUGAGCUGGAACAAGAACCGACCCUGAGAAAAGGAGAGUUCCCAGGUUGCAUCGCUCUGGGCCAGGAGACAAGACUUGAAACCAGAGAGUCAACUCCAAAGUGCAACAUUACUGAAAUUGUGCCCUAUGGGGUCAUAAUGGACACGGACGAUCUCUGGCAUUCAGCUUUGGGGGCAGUCUGGGAUCCUACUUGUUGGCUAGAGGGGCAACAGGAAAGAUUUCUGAGCCAAGUGACAGUGGCUCAAAAGGAAAUCUGUAAUGAGAAGAGUGUGUAUGGAGGUAAAGAGACUGAAAACUGUUCCAUUGCAGGGUCAAUGCUUAAUACCCUACAAAACAUCCCUGUGACAAUAAGCCCUCAUAAUUGGAAUUCAUAUGGAAAAGAUUCUAAACAAAAUUCUGAGUUAAUGAAAACUUCAAGGAUGUUUGUACGAAAGAAAAUAUAUGGAUGUGGUGAGUGUGGGAAAACCUUCAGCCAGAGUUCAUCCCUGCUUAAGCACCAGAGGAUUCACACUGGGGAGAAACCUUAUUCAUGCAGUGUAUGCAACAAGCAUUUCAUCGAACGCUCCUCCCUCACUGUGCAUCAAAGAACUCAUACAGGAGAAAAACCCUACAAAUGUAAUGACUGCGGGAAGGCCUUCAGUCAGAGUAUGAACCUUACUGUUCAUAAAAGAACUCAUACUGGAGAAAAACCUUAUCAGUGCAAAGAGUGUGGAAAAGCAUUUCGUAAGAAUUCAUCCCUUGUUCAACAUGCAAGGAUUCAUACUGGAGAGAAGCCCUACAAAUGCAAUGAUUGUGGGAAGGCUUUUACACAAAGCAUGAAUCUCACAGUGCACCAGAGAACUCACACGGGAGAAAAACCCUACGAAUGUAAUGAAUGCGGGAAGGCCUUCAGUCAAAGCAUGCAUCUUAUUGUUCAUCAGAGAAGUCACACUGGGGAAAAACCCUAUGAAUGCAAUGAAUGUGGGAAAGCCUUUAGUAAAAGUUCAACUCUCACACUACAUCAGCGAAAUCACACUGGAGAAAAACCCUACAAAUGUAACAAAUGUGGUAAAUCUUUUAGUCAAAGUACAUACCUUAUAGAACAUCAGAGACUUCACUCUGGAGUGAAGCCUUUUGAAUGUAACCAGUGUGGAAAAGCUUUCAGUAAGAAUUCUUCCCUUACUCAGCAUCGCAGAAUUCACACUGGUGAGAAACCUUAUGAGUGUGGGAUCUGUGGAAAGCAUUUCACUGGAAGAUCAUCCCUAACGGUACACCAGGUUAUACACACUGGAGAAAAGCCCUACGAGUGCACUGAAUGUGGAAAGGCCUUCAGCCAAAGUGCAUAUCUUAUUGAACAUCAAAGAAUCCAUACUGGUGAAAAACCCUAUGAAUGUGAUCAGUGCGGGAAAGCUUUCAUUAAGAAUUCAUCCCUUAUAGUCCACCAGAGGAUACAUACAGGAGAGAAACCCUAUAAGUGUAAUGAAUGUGGAAAAUCCUUCAGUAGGAGUACAAACCUCACAAGACAUCAGAGGACUCAUACAUGAGAAAAGUUUACACCAACCCCUUCAUUUUUUAUUAAUCUUUUGAUGCUAAUCAGAUGUCAUAUUGACGUAAAUACUUAGUAAUCAUAACUAAUGUGGUAACCUUUUAGUUGAAGUACAAAUAUAGUGUACCAGAUAAAACCAUAGAAGAGUUAAACAUAUGAAAGUGGAGAACACUUGAUUCAGGUUUGAAUACACUUCAGAUUUGAGAAGCUAAGACAUGAAUGAGGAGGCUUUAUUCUAUCACACUGGGAACUCUGAAUUGGGCAUCCCAGAGUUCACACUGAAUGGAUAAUGUGAUAGUGAUAAACUGGGCAGCCAAAAAAUCUGGUUCAACCUAGUUCUAACAUCCCAUUAGAACGAGUCAUAGUCUCUUUAUCCAGUAAUGAGAGAUUUGGGAUAUAAAGGUCUGUAGGAUCUGUAUUAGCCCAAAUGCCCAACACAAAGAUGCAGGGAAUGUUUUGGUAAUUGCUGUUGUAUUUCCUAUGAAGAUGAUUUUAUUUCAUAGUAUUGGUUUUUUUUAGGGGGGGGGUUAGGUUAAAAUAUUCUACCUCUGACUCUUACUGUCCUUCAAAUUCCUGAAUUACUAUCUCUCCUAAAAUGUAAGCUAAUUCCUACUGGAUGGCAGAUUAAUUGUGCAUAUUUUAAUGCCUUAGCAUGCUAUUAUGAAUUCUCAGCUAAUAGUCAUUAAACUGUUGUUAAAUAAAUUUACUAUAUUUAGAUGACAAUGUGACUUAAAUAUAAUCUUUAAUUACCUAGGAAUCAAAUACAUAUCUUUGUGUCUUAGUGUACAGUCAAGGAAAUUAAUAUACAGAUGAAUGAAACACUAAUUGUACUGGACAGUUUUGUGUCAACUUGACACAAACUGAAGUCAUCUAAGAGGGAAUCUCAAUUAAGAAAAUGCCUCUGUAAGAGUGUGCUGUAGGCUUGCCUGUAGGAGGCAUUCUCUUAAUUAGUGAUUGAUGGGAGAUGACCCAGCCAUUGUGGAUGGUGCCAUUCCUGGGCUCAUGGUCCUGAGUUCUACACAAAACCAGGCUGAGGAAGCAGAACUCCUCCAUGGCCUCUGCAUCCAGCUCCUGCAUUGUUUAGUUUCUGUUCUGACUUGUUUGGUGAUGAACAGUGAUAUGGACAUGUAAGCCAAAUAAACA